GACAGAUGAUAUUUCUGACAGUUGGUUUAAAGGUGAAGGGGUGAUUAGUGUUCUUUAAUGAACCUUGAAUGGUAUGUUGGACAUUUCAAAUUAAAUUGAGGGGGUUAAACAAUAAAUAAAAGUUAAGUUAGAAGGAGCGUCGGUGGUAGUUAGAAGACAGCAAGGAGUGCGAUCUCGAAUGAGAUACGACGGAAAAGGUGGAAAGGGUGAAAACAUCGAACAAUGUCAAACGUAAGAAACCUAUUUAAACGCGGUAGAUCCGAAGUCGCGCCAUUAACAAUAACAACAAGAAGAUCUUCCUCCUCGAUGCUGCAACCUCUCUACCACCCACUCCUACUUUCUUCCAUCCCAAUUUCAGGUUUAUCAUUCUCUACUCCCACUUUCUGCUGUACUAUUGUUAGAUCCAAUCAAAAUGUCUUCUUUUUUUCGCUCUUAGUUCUUGUUUGAUAUUGUUGGUUCUCUAGUGUUGUUGUUUUUGUUCGAUGCAAUCUACUUCCAAAAGGGGCUCCUUUUUUCGUUUUUGAUUGUGUUCUUCGGGCUAAUAUUGAGCUUGACUCGACAAUCUGCAUUUUCUAAAAUCCCUUUCCUAAAAAUUUGAUCGCCGGCAUAUUGAUUGUGUAAAAUAUAAUGAAAUGGGUUGUUGCUUACAUGCUUCAUAUUGAUUCCUUCUCCCAAGAUCAUGUUUUUGAUAGAAAAAGCUAUAUCUUCAAACAGAUUACCAGAUUUUAUUCGGUGGUUUUUCGCUUCUCCUGUUAGUGAUGUGUGUAGAUCUUCUUUUUGUUAAAACGAGUGAUCUAUGAUUAUUGUUAUUAUUAUAAUUAUUAUUAUUGAGAGUUUCUUUUUCCUCUCCAGUGUGAAUUCUUCUACACUUACAAAGUAGCCAAUCAUGUCGAGAAGGCCGUCAACUUCCUCAAGGCGACCUCCGGGCAGUGGACUCACUGCAGCUAUCUUUCACCCAAAGUCACGCCCUUCUCCUUUGUUAUCUGUCGUCCUUGGUGCUUUGGGUGUCAUCCUUGUUGUUGGCUAUUUAUUUCGGGGAUCAGGCUUAUCAGGGAUUAGCAGGGAGGCAAUAGUAGGAGCUUAUGGUGACUCGUGCACGUUGGAACUUCAAAAGGCAAUACCCGUUCUUAAGAAAACAUACGGUGAUAGUAUGCUGAAAGUGCUGCAUGUUGGACCAGACUCUUGUUCAGUAAUCUCUAAAUUGUUGAAAGAAAAGGAUACUGAAGCUUGGGGUAUUGAACCAUAUGAUGUGGAAGAUGCCGGUGGCAUGUGCAAGACACUUGUGAACAGGGGUUUUGUACGCGUUGCUGACAUCAAGUUUCCCCUUAUUUACCGGGAAAAUUCAUUUUCUCUUGUUAUUGUUUCUGAUGCUUUGGAUUAUCUAUCUCCAAAAUACCUGAACAAGACUCUUCCUGAUUUGGCUAGGUUGUCUUCUGAUGGCCUUGUUAUUUUUACAGGUUCACCAGGCCAAUCUAAAGCUAAAGUUGCAGAGCUGUCCAAGUUUGGACGCCCGGUAAGGAGUUUAGGCUCGCUUUCUCUCUCUCCCCCUCCCUCCCUCUCUUUCCCCUCGUUAUCUUCUUUUUUGUUAUAAAGUUGAGAUGCCAUUCAUAUAAAUUUUUAUAGUUUCUUCUUCUUUUUUUUUUUUUUUUUUUUUUAUAAGUUGAGAUGCCAUCAAAGGUAGGAGUAGUGAUAGGUGCAAGGAAAAAAUGACAAGGAAUGAUGUGUCAAGAUCUUAACUAUGCCCUAACCUUAAAUGCAUAAACCAUGUUUGGAAAGUUUUCCCUGUAUCAAUCAUUACUCCAAAGGUAGAUUAGUUAGUCUGGAAAUGAACCAUCACAUUUGUGUAGGUGGCUUAUGGUUGUGGAGUCUAAAUGUUACUUCAAUUUGCAGGCCAAAAUGCGCAGCUCUACUUGGUGGGCACGCUUUUUUGUCCAAACCAGCUUACUGGAGAAUGAAACUGCAGCUAAAAAAUUCGAGGUAGAAGCAACCAAGGACUCCUACACUCCACGGUGCCAAGUUUUCCACCUCAAGUCUUUCAAUUAACCAAAUGAUUGUUAUAGUUGGAAUCUCUUUAUUAUGUGACUUCAUUGGUAUACUGAAUCUUCUUAGAUUUAGAGUUUCCAUGUUGGAUAGAUCAGUUUGUGUAGGUUUUAUUGUAUACCAGAAGACUAUACUAUUUCUUUGGAGUGGAGCAUCAUUUUUUGGAUACGAAUUACAGAAUGAAAUAUGCACAAGUUACAUUUGGAAGUUCAAGGAAAAAAUUUGCUUUUUGUGAAUUCUCUGGGGGAUUUAAAUCACCAAUAGUCUGCACAAGAACACUUGCCAUCCUUAAAACAGUGAAAUCUAUAACAAUCCCUAACUGUAAUCUCUCUUCCAGUUAUAGCAGAAAUGAUUUUGAUUGCAUUGUGACAGUCCACGCAUAUCCUCAAAUUCUUCAUGACAAGUAUAGACUCACCUUCUUUAGUUGAUAACAACCCAAAUGCAACAGCAAGCUUCUCACAGUGAUAGCCCAGCCGAGUAUCCCCUUCUCGUUUUCUCAGUCCUCCAUUGACUUCUAUGGCCCAUCUCGAAUCAGGAACAUAACCUGCCUGCAUCAACUUUUUGGACAUCUCUUUCCAGUACUCAUGUAUCUCCUUUAUCAUUGGAUGUGAACUAUCAUCUGCAACAAAUACAUGGAUCCUCUUGUCUAACUCCAUCCAACUAUACCCUGGUUUCUUCUUUAGUUGAUUAUCUCGAAUAAGUUUUCUAGUUUUGGCUACUUCUUCCCAUCUGCCAGUGCAGGCAUACAUGUGUGCAAGCAUUACAUGUGGAACCGCAUUUGAGGAGUCCAGUUCAAGGCACUUGUUGGCUGCUUUCUCUGCUAGCUCAAUGUCACCGUGUGUUCUACUUGCACGAAGUAGUGAUGCCCAAACAAUGCUACCGGGAUGAUGUGGCAUAGUAUCAAUCAGUCUCUCUGCUUCCUUAAGCUGACCUGCUCGGCCCAAAAGGUCAACCAUGCAGGAAUAGUGUUCUGCCUCUGGUUCAAUCCCAAAUUGCUCUCUCAUUAUUUUGAAAUAUUUCUGCCCUUCUUGAACUUUCCCAUUAUGUGCGCAUGCACAAAGAACAGAGAUAAAAGUAAUACUAGUAGGAGUCAUGUCUCUGGCGAGCAUCUCCUCAAAUAGCAAUAACGAUUCAUCCCCUAAUCCAUGUUGAGCAUAACCAGCAAUCAUCGAAUUAUAGGUGACCGUAUUAUGCUCUGGCAUUAGACUAAAAACCCUCCUGGCGUCGUAUAGAUUUCCUGAUUUUGAAUACAUUGCUAUGAGAGCAUUAUUUACAGCGAUGCGAUUCGAUGGGAUAUCCGCUUUAAUUGUCAGCGCAUGAAUCUGCUUCCCCUGAGUAGGCGACGACAAGUUAGAACAAGCACUAAGGACACAAACAAAGCUGCAAUCAUCUGGACGAUGACCAUAAGCUUGCAUCUGCCUAAAGCAAUCAACAGCCUCUUCAGAGAAUUCCUCAUUUUGAGAAUACCCAGAAAUCAUUGUAUUCCACAGAACCAAGUCAGGCUCCGGAAUUUCCCCAAAUACUUUCCGGCAGUCCAGUAGACUACCGCCACAUUUAGCAUACAAAUCAACCAAACCACUCCCCACAUGAGGAUUCUGAUAGAACCCCGUUUUGAUUAACUGCCCAUGAAACUGAAUCCCGCCAAACAAAUCACCUGUACUCGUGAAGGCAGUCAAAACACUUGCCAAAGUAAACAUAUCCACAUUGAACUCCCUUUGCACCAUUUCUUCAUACAGAGAGAGCGCCUUUGAUCCUUCCCUAUGCUGCCCGUAUGCAACAAUCAUCGAAUUCCAUGACACCUCAUCUUUAACAUCUCCCAUUCCGUAGAACACAUUACGAGCCUCGUCCAAAGAGCCGUUUUUACUAUACCAAGAAAUUAAAGUAUUAUUCACAGAAGCAUACGAAUCAAACCCGCCCAGAGUGGCCAAACAGUGCAGCUGAGUAAUCAAGCUCUUGUCAUCAGAAGCAGCAUUUAUCGCUGCAGAAAAUGUGAAACCAUCCAAUUCUAACCCCAUAUUUCUCAUACCCCUAAACAGCACAAGGGCAGGCUCAGUCUCCCCUCGGUCAGCAUAUGCCGCAAUGAGGGUGUUAUAAGAGACAAGAUCCGGUUGGGGAAUUCGGUCGAACAGUUGGUGAGCUACCUUUGGCAUGGACUCUUUCGCGUAGGCAGCCAUGAUAGCGUUGAACGAGAAGACAUUAGGGUCUGGGAUUUCGUCGAAGGCUUUGUGGGCAUCGGAAAGUAGGCCGCAUUUGGAGUAGAGGAGAAUGAAGUGAUUGGAAAAGUAAGUAGAACAUGGGAUCAGUGACUUGAUGUACUGAGCAUGGAGUGAUUUGCCGGUGACAAGAUCUCUUUGGGCUAUACAGGCUUUUAUGAGUUGACGAAGGGUAUGUGGGAGGCUCCAUGAAGCUUGGUUCAUGGAUGCAAAUCUGGAAAUUUAUCAGCCUUAUUAUUUAGUUCAUAACUCAUGAUUGAGUGUGUUUUGACUCUGAAGCAGAAAAGUGGCGCGCCACCGUAGAGACGAUGCUGGAGGAGGUUGAAGAAAGAACAAUGCAACUGAAAGCCCAAUUUUGUUAUAGCCCAACUUCUAAAGUCCAACAAUCCAAACUUUAGCCCACAUUUUAUUCUUACGAACAGAGUGGAAUUGAGCUUGGACCAUGAAAUAUAUAGUGGGUAUUUCCGAAUUCUUUAAUUACACUUGGG